UUUUUUUUUUUUCUUUUGAAUAGUGGUAAUUCUCUGAGAUCCUUUUAAUUUUCCGCAGGUGCCCAUUCACGUAAUAAUUAUACCGCCUGUCACCCUUGAAGACGUUCAAAACCCUGGAUCCAACAUGGGAUGGCAGAUGAGCUAAAUUAUGUACCAGGAGGCACAUAAGGAGCUCUCCAAGUGGCCAGACAAAGCCUUGAAGACUGAUAGCGCCACCACCCCAACCUCGUUUCGGAUGGCGGGAAACUUACUAGUAAAGUAGGACGUGGAGCACUGGGUUGUCGUACAUACUAUACUGUACAGGCUGUCGUACAUAUAUGGGGCCAUUGAAUCAUUCACCAUUCUUUCCUUUCUUUUUCUUCCCCUCUCCAUUUUCUGCUUUCACCUGUCUUCCAUCUGCUCUGUGCUUGGACUGCUUUGCCAAUCUCAUACCCAAUUUGAACAUCUUCAUCUGGAGACAAUCUAUCCAUCACUGAAAGAUCGCUAUUCUUGUCUUCUUCUCCCGCUACUUGCUUUUCUAGUCAUUCGUUAAGCUUCAUUAUCUUACAAACGCAUCACGAUGGUUCUGCUUAGUUCCUUGGCCGUCGUUGCCACUGUAGCAAGUCUCGCUACAAGCCAGACCACUAGUACUAUCGACCCAAGUACCGUUUCAGAUGCGACGCGAAAGCAAUGGUGCCAAUCGCAAACCUCGGCUUGUCCUCUCAUCUGUCUGCAACUGCCAGGGGCCUCGGGCAGCCCCACCGAAAACAAAUGCGACUUCAAAACCCUUGUAUACUCGUGUAUCUGCAGCAACCAUCAGUCUCCCAACGCAUCUGAAUACUCCCAGACAAUCCCCUACUUUGUUUGCACUGAGAAAAACAACCAAUGCGUUAAAGACUGCGACGGUGAACAACAGUGCCAGUCUGACUGCCGCUCCAAGAACCCAUGUGGCGCUCAGGAACCCAAGCGUGUCAACACUACCACUUCUGCAACUACCAAGACCGCUCAAGCGACCACUUCGUUGCCUCCUUUCACUGGCGUCCCGGACAAGAAUGGGGUCGCCUCCAGGCCAUCGGCGGAUUUGAACCAAAUCUACGGUCUGGCCGUUGUGAUGGCCGGAUUCUUUGCCGGCUUUGCGACCUUGCUGUGAGAAUGGCCUUGACUUAAUGACGGCGCACGUUGGAUGGACAAUUGAACAUUUCUGGGAGUGAUGGGUCAGCAGCCAAAAGCAGCAUGACUAAAUCCCUUGGCAUCAUUAAUAUCGUUCAUCUCCAGCCAGAGCCUGCGUUGCCUCUGCAUGAUUGUUCAGCAUGCAUAACGUUCUUCUUUUUAUCAUUUUUGUUACGAGCGUUUUGUGUAUGUAUGUGUUGAUGAUAUUUCUCACUAAUAACCAUAAUCAUGACCUAUAUUUCUAAAACCUGGGAGAAAUGAUUGGAAAGAGUUGACUGACUACACUACUGAUAAUCCGCGGACCAUCUCUUUUUACCUAGGUUCAAGCAUAAGGCACACUGGCAUUAUCAUGCUAGUGGUUUCUUAGUAGAAUCAAAUGGUACGAACUUCUAG